AUGCAACGUGGCAAAAUCAUUCCCAGCUGGAAAGACAUUCUGACAGCAGGUGAUAUUAGUCCAUACAGUAGAGGAAGAGAAAGCACUGUUUGGGGUGUUUCUUUGAUGAUCGGUUAUCUUGGGUGUGAUGGCUUCACUAGCACAUUUCAGGAUAAACUUUUUAAAGGCUAUGAUAUGGACAUACACAACCAGAUAUUUUACACGACCCUCUGUUCUUGCAUGAUAAGUUUCACGGGACUAAUCUUACAAGGGAAUCUUUUCUUGGCUGUAGACUUUGUUUCUCGGCAUAAUGAUUGUUUCAUUGACAUUAUUAUACUUUCCACUGUGAGUCAAUACAUUCGAUGUAUCAUUUCUCACACUAUCCGCAGUUUUGGAGCUCUGACCUUCGCCACCAUAAUGACCACAAGACAGUUGGUCAGCAUUUUACUGUCGUGCGUGUGGUUUUCUCACCCGCUCAGCUCAGAACAAUUGAUUGGAGCAGUUAUAGUGUUUGGUACCAUAUACUCAAAAAGCUAUUUUAGAAGUAAGCCGAAGCCAUUGCCGUCUGAAGAAACAGAGAAUAGAGCUGUUAGUCCAACAACGAGUAACACGUGACAGAAUUCUCCGACUAAUUCUAAAUCUCCGUAGAGAGUCGUCUGGCUGCUAACUGGAAUAUAUAGCUUAGGCUUGGCUUGGAGUU